AUGAUGAACAACCUAUUCCUAAAACCCCAACUUCAUCUUCUUCCAUUUCCAUCAAUACUCAUCUUCCCUCACACUCUUAACUACGCACCUUCUCUUCUUCUCCCCAUCAGAACAUUCUGCACUACCACCACCACCACCACCUCAGUCUAUUACGGACCUUCCCUCCACAAAGGCACCAACCCAUCCCAAUCCCAAUUCCCUCAUUCACAAAACGACGUCGUCCUUCACGAAGAAACCUUCACCCGAGUCUUCGACCUCGCCGCUCUCCGCGUCCCUUCCGCCGAAUGCUCUGCCCUCGAAAACCGCCUCCGAGGUCACCUCCUCAACUGGCCCCGCGUCCGUAACAUCGCUCGUGUUCCCGGCGACGAAAUUGACCCUGACAUUGCUCCACUAUUAGGUCACCCGAUUCACGCCGAAGAAGAGGGGAAAUUGCAAGCGGAGGAAGACGACGACGUUUUGAGCCCUGUGUUGUACCGUGAUAAGCUUGCUAAAACGUUUAACACUCGCGGAUAUGUUAAGUUUCGGAACCUGGCGAAGAUUUCGAGGCCAAAGAGGAAUAGGAAGAAGAAUGAGGAUGGGGAGGUGGGGAAAAUGGUUGAGGCUAAAGGGAAUAAGGGUGUUGGGAGGAAUGGUUUUGUUGCGGUUGAGGUUGUUGAAGAAGGAGGAGAUGCUGAUGAGGGUUUGAGGAAGUUACUUGGUGAAGAGUUUGGGAGUAGCAAGUGGAGGGGUUCCACGAGGCUGUUGCUUCUUGAUGAAAGCUAUGCGGACCGUGGUAUGGAGGAGUUGCCUGAGGCGAUAAAGGCUGUAUUGAAGGAGUAUGCAGAAAAAAGCACCACUUUGACUUUUGAGCUAGUUAGAUGCAAAUUGACUCUGUUUUAUGAUUACUGGCAGGCAAAUGAGAUCUUGGAGGCCUUGCUGCCUGAGGGUAUGAUUGUUCCUACAGCUUUUGAAACUGUUGGUCAUAUUGCGCACCUGAAUUUGAGAGAGGAACAUUUACCAUACAAGAAGCUUAUAGCAAAGGUUGUGCUGGAUAAAAAUAAACCAAAGAUACAAACAGUUGUGAACAAGAUUGACUCCAUUCAUAAUGAGUACAGGACCAUGCAGCUCGAGGUUUUAGCAGGAAACCACUCUCUUGUGACUACAUUAGCUGAGAACGGACUUCGCUUUCAUGUUGACUUAGCAACAGUAUACUGGAACACUAGGCUGGGCACCGAAAGACAGAGACUAUUGAGUGGUUUUACACGAGAUGAUGUUGUCUGUGAUGUUUUUUCUGGAGUUGGUCCCCUUGCCAUCUCUGCAGCAAAGAUAGUUAAGCGUGUUUUUGCUAAUGACUUGAACCCAUACGCAGUCGAGUACCUGGAAAGAAAUAGUGUUCUAAACAAACUUGAGAAGAAGAUUAAGGUCUUUAACAUGGAUGGAAGAAGGUUUAUUAAAGCUAUGUUUGCCAGUGAGAAAGCUCACUCCAUUACACAAGUAGUUAUGAACUUGCCGAAUGAUGCUGCAGAAUUUCUAGAUGCAUUUCGGGGAAUAUACAAAGAUAGAUCCAAGGAUGGGCAAUUUACUUAUCCAAUGAUCCAUGUUUAUGGGUUCUCCAAAGCAGAGGAUCCAGAAUUUGAUUUUCAUGAGAGAAUAAGAAUUGCAUUGCUUGAAGUGGCAGUCAAUGUUGAAAUGCGACGAGUACGACCGGUUGCACCUGGAAAAUGGAUGCUGUGUGCAUCUUUUACUCUCCCUAAAAGCGUAGCAUUUGCUAAUACUGCAGUCGAUAUCUAA